GCCGGAAGUGGCGGUUGGAGGUUUGGGUGGGCGUUACAGCAGGCCCGAGGCUAUGUCUGAGGCCGGGCUGGGGGUAUAGGUCAAGUGUCCGGAAAGGGUCCGGAUCAGAGGUGAGCGGGCAGAGGUCGAUCUGCGUCCGGGAGAUCCCGGCUUGGGCGGGCACGGCGGCCGCCAUCCUGCGUGAACGCCCCUCAGUACUACUCGGCCCGGUCCGCCUGCACUUUAGUCAUAGCUUAUCCUUUGGGCUCCGCCACAGUAUAUAAGAAAGACAUGAUUUCCACCCCACUUCCACAACACGUCUAAGUUUUUUUUAAUCUUUUGGGACCUGUAUCUUAGGCUGCAAUGCAGCAAGCUCUAGAACAAGCUUUGGAUCGUGCAGAGUAUAUUGUUGAAAGUGCUCGACAGAGACCUCCUAAACGGAAAUACCUGUCUAGUGGAAGAAAAUCAAUAUUCCAAAAACUGUAUGACUUGUAUGUUGAAGAAUGUGAAAAAGAACCUGAGGUUAAGCAGAAAUUAAGAAGAAAUGUGAACUUGUUAGAGAAGCUUGUUAUGCAAGAGACUUUGUCAUGUUUAGUGGUCAAUCUGUAUCCAGGAAAUGAAGGAUAUUCUUUGAUGCUUAGGGGGAAAAAUGGAUCAGAUUCUGAGACCAUACGGUUGCCUUAUGAAGAAGGGGAAUUGCUUGAAUACUUAGAUGCAGAAGAAUUACCUCCUAUUUUGGUUGAUCUCCUAGAAAAAUCACAGGUUAAUAUUUUUCAUUGUGGAUGUGUGAUAGCCGAAAUACGUGACUAUAGGCAGUCCAGUAAUAUGAAGUCUCCUGGUUACCAAAGUAGGCACAUUCUCUUACGUCCAACAAUGCAGACUUUAGUCUGUGAUGUUCAUUCUAUAACAAGUGACAACCAUAAAUGGACCCAGGAAGACAAACUUUUGCUUGAGAGUCAACUGAUCCUAGCUACAGCAGAACCACUGUGUCUUGACCCAUCUGUGGCAGUAGCUUGCACUGCAAAUAGGCUGCUCUAUAACCGCCAAAAGAUGAACACGCGCCCAAUGAAACGGUGUUUGAAGAGGUAUUCCAGAUCCUCCCUGAACCGGCAGCAGGACCUGUCUCAUUGUCCUCCUCCACCUCAGCUGAGAUUACUUGAUUUCUUACAAAAACGGAAGGAAAGGAAAGCAGGUCAGCAUUAUGACCUCAAAAUUUCUAAAGCAGGAAAUUGUGUGGAUAUGUGGAAACGGAGCCCCUGUAACCUGGCUGUGCCUUCUGAAGUAGAUGUGGAAAAAUAUGCUAAAGUAGAAAAAUCCAUCAAAUCUGAUGACUCCCAACCAACAGUCUGGCCAGCCCACGAUGUAAAAGACGAUUAUGUAUUUGAAUGUGAAGGUGGUACUCAAUAUCAGAAAACAAAGCUGACCAUCUUGCAGUCUCUUGGUGAUCCACUUUAUUAUGGGAAAAUACAGCCUUGGAAAGCAGAUGAAGAAAAUGACAGUCAAAUGUCUCCAUCCCACUCCUCUGCAGAUGAUCAUUCAAAUUGGUUUAUUAUUGGGUCAAAGACUGAUGCAGAGAGGGUAGUUAAUCAGUACCAGGAGUUGGUCCAGAACGAGGCCAAAUGCCCAGUGAAGAUGUCACAUAGCUCUAGUGGUUCAGCCAGCCUCAAUCCAGGGGAGGAGACAGAACAGCCCGAGACUGUGUCUGUUCAGUCUUCAGUUUUGGGAAAGGGAGUAAAACAUCGACCCCCACCUAUCAAACUUCCCUCAAGCUCGGGAAAUAGUUCCUCAGGUAACUAUUUUACAGCACAACAGGCCAGCAGCUUCCUUAAAUCACCAACUCCUCCUCCAUCAUCUAAACCAAGUCUCUCUCGGAAAUCAUCUGUGGAGCUUAGUCAAGUCAGCAUGCUUUCUCCUGCCGCCCUGUCACCUGCCAGCUCUUCACAGAGAUCUGGAACUCCUAAGCCAUCUACUCCUACACCAACCCCUUCAUCGGCCCCACACCCUCCUGAUGCUCAGAACUCAACUCCUAGUACCCCUUCAGCCACCCCAUCUCCCCAAGAUUCAGGCUUCACCCCUCAGCCCACUUUGUUCACUCAAUUUGCUCAGCAGCAAAGGGCUCUGAGCCAGGCAAUGCCUGUGACAAGCAUUCCUCUUUCUACCUUGGUAACAUCUAUAACAACAGGAAGCACGGUCUCCCCGGUCAUGGCAGACUCUGCUGGGCUUAACGCCAUCAGUGUAGUGAGCUCUGCUGGCGGAGCCCAGGCUCUGAAGAGUGGCUCAAACUCCAUGCUGGGUUGUGACACUGGUACCGUAACUCCUCCAGGAAAAAGCGUGUGUGGCGGCGGCCUUCUUCCAUCAGGGGGUCUCUUAACAAAUGCACUGCCCAGUGCGAUGCAGGUGACUUCUCAAUCAGAUAUCCCAUUUGGAUUAAAAAAUACUUCAAGUGUCAGGCCUUUAAAUCUACUCCAGCUUCCUGGUGGUUCACUCAUUUUUAACACUGAGCAGCAACAACAGCAGCCACAGCUCCCUCAGUUUGUACAACAACCUCAACAGCCUACAGCUUCAAGUCCCCAGCAGCCAGAGGAGCAGGGUUCUGAACAAGGUUUAACUGCUCAAGAACAGGCCUUAACUGCUCAGCAAGCUGCUGUUAUUAAUCUUACUGGAGUAGGAGGCUUUACACCAUCACAGGCAGCUGUGUUGUCUCAGCUUAACUCUGCCGAGAACAGACCUGACCAAAGCCUUCUUCAACAGAGACUCCAGCUCUCCUCUGCCUUGCAGCAGCAGCAACAACAGCAGCAGCAGCAGCAGAUUCAACAGUUGAGAUUCUUGCAACAUCAGAUGGCUAUGGCAGCAGCCGCCGCACAAACAGCCCAGCUACAUCGUCACCGACAUACAGGCAGCCAAUCAAAGAGUAAAGUGAAGAGAGGCAUGCCAACCACUCCAAAAUUCUGAGCAAUUUUUCUUUCUUUCUUUUUUUUUUUUUAAACACAAGACCAGUGAAUGAAAAGAACUGCAUUUCUACUUCAUUUCCCCCCAAGAUGUCAGUAUUUUACAUUGAUAGAUGUGCAUACUUUAUACAAAAGGACAACCCUAUGAUGCUUACAUGGAGACAUGGUUAAAUGUUUUCCUGUACAUAACCAUCUACAGAAAUAACCGAAGAACUACUAGAAAUAUCUUCCAAAAGAAUGUAGUUUGGUAUUUAUUUAGUACAAAAAGCCUGUGCACAGUGCAACAAAUACAAUUUUUACAGCUGUUUUGCAA